AUGCUACGCACAUGGUCGAUUACUGUUGUCGUGACUGCUGCCAUAGAAGCUCAAAUCAGAGAUCAGCGGGAAGACCAGUGGCGAGCUGCAGCUCAUUUCAAAACUGUCGUGAACAGCGCAGCCGAUUUUUUUCCGUAUGUAAUAAAGCAUGGAGUGGAGCUUAUUCGGCAUGAAACAGGGAUCACAUCUUACAAUAAACCAGGAUAUGCAACGUUAUACGACGGUAUCACCACUGAUUUCUUCCUUUUCUUGGGUACACCGAAUUAUUGCAGUGUUGUAUUCAUAUGUUUUACGGAACCACAAGAACUUUUGAUCAAGAGACUUCAAAACCUAGAUAUAAAGGCCGCUUGUCGCGAUUCGAUACGAUUUCUUCCAUUUGAACAAAUGGGUUACGAUGUGAAAAAUGAAAAAGCAACUCCUUUCGUGUACAUGUUGCCUUAUGCAGAAUUCAAAAAAACGGAUAAUGAAACAGAGGAACGUUAUGUUCUACAGGCAUUUCAAGACUUUGAUAAUGAGGAUACGCUCACUCAAAAGCGAACCAACAUUGAAUUCACAUUAAAGGACAAAACUGUGCUGCUGCUCACAUCAAGUCCGUACUGUCACGCAUACAUACAGUGUUCACAUGCAGCCUCUCCUGGCGGUACUCGUGUGAAGUUCGAGCCAAACGUCGACCUCUCUAAAUUUCUCCAAACAAAGACGAAAAAGCAAAAGAGCCAGUACAUUUUAACUGGGACGAUGAAUGGAGGAGCACUGAAGAGCGAAGUGCAGAAGUCGCAAUUGUUCAGAGAAAUCAAAAACUUAAAGGUGUCCGAGGAUACGUGCUGCCCUACCAUGUUCGAGUUUACAGGAUUUAUGGAAAGAGACACGUGGUUCGAACAUUCUGUGAAGCCAAUUGCAAAUACGUACAUUCUAGCCAAGACAAAACGAUAUGAGAAAAAGUGUGUCAGAAAUCGUGCUAAGGAAACGUCACCAGCACAGUCGUUUCGUAUUGAAAUUGGAGGAUAUUGCGCAUGGAUGAGGAUAUGUUUUGACCGUGGCAAUCAAUUUUGUGAAGAUGAAAGUAAUGCCCUGUCUCUAAUUUUCGCUCAUAACGUGUUCAUCCCAACAGAUUCAGAGCAAGCAGUGAUGUUUAGUCUUCAAAAUGAGCACCUACUUGAGCUUCGCAUCAAUUUCCUCAUUGAUGAACCAGCUAUUCAACUGGAAUAUGCAUUUUCCAUUCCAACCACACCAGGAAUUUCCCACACAAUGCAUUUGAAAUCGUAUGCAGAUGUCGGUUUAGAUCCAACAAAAUUACAAAUUCAUGUGAUUAAAGAAAAAUGGUGCCUUGCUCGUCUUGUAAAUGACCUUGGCGACAUUCAUUUUGGCUUCGAUGAGGAACCACCAAUCCAGUGUAUUAAUAUUAAAAGCUGCACUUGUUACAAUUAUUCCGACUGA